AUGACUUUGAUGAGAAUUACUUUGAGGGCGGUGGAGAUUAGCGCUGAAGGAAGGCAAACGCAGCAGGAUACAGCAGGAUACAGCAGGAUACAGCAGAACGCAGCAGGAUACAGCAGGAUACAGCAGAACGCAGCAGGAUACAGCAGGAUACAGCAGAACGCAGCAGGAUACAGCAGGAUACAGCAGAACGCAGCAGGAUACAGCAGAACGCAGCAGGAUACAGCAGAACGCAGCAGGAUACAGCAGAACGCAGCAGGAUACAGCAGAACGCAGCAGGAUACAGCAGGAUACAGCAGAACGCAGCAGGAUACAGCAGAACGCAGCAGGAUACAGCAGAACGCAGCAGGAUACAGCAGGAUACAGCAGAACGCAGCAGGAUACAGCAGAACGCAGCAGGAUACAGCAGAACGCAGCAGGAUACAGCAGAACGCAGCAGGAUACAGCAGAACGCAGCAGGAUACAGCAGAACGCAGCAGGAUACAGCAGGAUACAGCAGAACGCAGCAGGAUACAGCAGAACGCAGCAGGAUACAGCAGAACGCAGCAGGAUACAGCAGAACGCAGCAGGAUACAGCAGAACGCAGCAGGAUACAGCAGAACGCAGCAGGAUACAGCAGGAUACAGCAGAACGCAGCAGGAUACAGCAGAACGCAGCAGGAUACAGCAGAACGCAGCAGGAUACAGCAGAACGCAGCAGGAUACAGCAGAACGCAGCAGGAUACAGCAGAACGCAGCAGGAUACAGCAGAACGCAGCAGGAUACAGCAGGAUACAGCAGAACGCAGCAGGAUACAGCAGAACGCAGCAGGAUACAGCAGAACGCAGCAGGAUACAGCAGAACGCAGCAGGAUACAGCAGAACGCAGCAGGAUACAGCAGAACGCAGCAGGAUACAGCAGGAUACAGCAGAACGCAGCAGGAUACAGCAGGACCUUUACCUCGACCUUUCUCCAAACUCACACUGCAGACCUUUACUGGCCUUUGGCGAGCGUUGAUGACUGA